AUAACAUCUAUAAUGAACACACAAGUUUCAUCCCGAUUAAUAUGCUCCCCUCAAUCUAGUGGUGACGAGACUAACCAUACAUUAACCCUGAAUUCGCCCGAUAAUCUCAAUAAUAUUGUUUCUACAAGCCCAGCACAAAAGUGGAGGGCUGGUCGAAAAAAGUUCAAAGAAAAACGCCAUCCAAUCUUUCAUGGUGUUCGAGAGAGAUCAGAUAGUGGAAAGUGGGUAUGUGAAGUACACGAACCUAAUAAGAAAAGCCGAAUAUGGCUAGGAACUUAUUCUACAGCCGAGUUAGCAGCUAGAGCACACGAUGUUGCAGCUUUAACCCUUAGAGGAGAUAAAGCAACUCUUAACUUCCCCGACUCCGCGUGGCUUGUUCCUCGAGCUAAGUCAAUCUCAGCUCGAGAUAUCAGGCUAGCUGCCUUACAAGCCACUAGGUCAGAUUUUCAGUCUUUCUCGUCCUCCUGUCAAAAUGAUCAUAAGAGUGAGAUCAUGGAUGAGAGUUCCCCAAACAAUGAGGGGAAGAGUUUGAAGGAGGGUGUAGAGAAUAAGUACAAUGAGUUUUCAUAUUUUGAUGAAGAAGCCAUAUUUAACAUGCCUACAUUCAUUGAUAGUAUGGCUGUUGGUAUGCUUCUUACGCCACCUUCCUUAAAGAGAGGGUAUAAUUGGAAUAAUGAAAUGGACGAGGAUGGUACUAAAUGUUAUUUUGACAUGAAUUUGUGGCAAUAA